UUGUACGGAGUAACAGGCAAAAGGGACGCCAAGAUUCGCCAUGCCGUGAAGCAUGUGCUCCUUGAAAUGGGACUUGCAAACACGUUAACUGGCCGUGAGAGGAUCAGGCAAGACAUUGGGGAGUGUGUGGCAAACCGUCACACCUAUGAGAACCGGAAAAGACGGAAAGCUCGGGCUUUGCAGAUGAGGGACACAAAUGUUUCUAUGGACGAAGGUGGACUGAGGCCUCCCAAUGCAGAAACAGCCGGAGUUAUGACGACAAAUGAGGCCACGAUGGAGGAUCCACAAACAGAAAGGAGAAAUGUAGGACAAGAAAACAGUGAGCUGGGGGAGGGUUUCUUCAAUGUGGUGGAGGAUAUUGAGUCAGACGGCAUUGCCGAGGCAGAGGAAGGGGAAGCAGAAGUCGGCGACCAACAUGAAGAAUACGCAAUGGCCAAGAACAGGAAGGCAUGGAGAGGCUACGUGCCAGGAAGCCCCGUGGCCAAAAAGAAGUUUCAGCCAGCCAACGGCAAGCGCCAACGCAAACUAAACAAACGAUAUACCUUGGAUUAAUCAUAACGGGGAGGGUUAGCAAACAAAAAGGGGAUGGGUUACUGUUCGAUUAUGAUCAAACAUUAUAUGACCUGAGGACGCUGUAGUCCUGACACGAUUUUACGAAUGUUUAAGCUCUAGUUGUGGAUCUCAUAACAACCAACGUGAAUACGUUUUGUUUUGGUUUUUAUUCUUGUAGUAACAGUGGCAUAUCCAUGAGUGGCGGCAACUCCACCCAAUGUUUUGUUUGUCUGUUUUGUUUAUUAAUGCAUGAUACUUCACAGGUGAGCCUCAGGAAUCGGUACACUUAUUUAUCAAAUGUUAGCACCAAAACCCUUCGAAAACAACACUACAAAAAAGCAAGGAUCUGGAGGCCAAAAGUAGGCCUUUCAGCUUUGGAUUCUUUGUUAUUCUUUGCUUCCCCAACACCAUUUUGAAUGACCCCUAAGCAGCAUUCGCUUUUUAAUUUGCCCCUUACACCAAAAGCUGGAUACGCCACUGUGUAGUCCUGCAGAGAUAGUUCUCGUAAUUGUCAGUUUACAACCCACAAUUGGUUUAUUUACUUAUUCAGGAAUACGUACACGUAUACAGUGUUUUUGAACCAAUAAAAUUGAAGGUUUUUCAUUAACCGUGACGUUUCCCAAAGUUGGACAUCGCAAUCAGUUAGGCCUGCCUCGUUUUAUUCAGUGAAAAGACAAAAAACUGCAGUGAGUCUAUAACUAGGGAAAGCAAAGCAAUACCAUAGUUUAUACAAUGCAAUACCACACUAUUAACACACGAGAGUUGUGCCGCUUUAAAAUAACCAUAACAAAUAGCUAAGCACAAUAAACAAUUGAACGGCCAAUUCUCAUUUUCAGCCGUCAAAUACCAUCGUCUUGAUGUUUGCUCUUUCGACAUCUCAGCCAUUAUAUUUCCCAACGUGGUGGUCUGAAGCUAAAACUGUGGUUGACCAUAUCUGGCUAUCGGACAAAAGUAUAUGAAGCAAAAUGUGUUUUUAAAAUCCAGUUAUCCUACAGCAUGGAUUAGAGGCCUAUAGGCAGCUGGAUCCGAAGAUUUUCCUUUCGGGACAUGUGGCAUAAGAAUAAAAAAUACGUAAACAAAGCUGUCCCCGGUGGUAUGAAGACAUUUUCUGUCGUCCCUUCUUCUUGUGUCGUUAUGAAAUAAAGUUCUCCUGUUUUUGUGGAGUUGGCACGACGCAGGAUGGUGCUGGUGGCGCCGGUCGAGAGAGGCUGUUUGAUACCUCGACCAUUAUUAUGACUGGAAUGAGGCUGUAAUCAUCGGCUACAGUGGACAGCGGGAAAUCGGAAGACGAAAAACAUGGAUGGAACGUAUCCAUCUUCAUCCAUCCUUAAUAAUAAACAGUAUUUCCAGUCCACUGCAGCCACACAAAUUAUAGCCGCUAACGGCUAGGGUAUCGGGUUUGGACUUUGGGCUUCUACACGAUUCCUAGUCACGUCGUCGCUGCGAAGUGGCCAAUUAACAGGACUUCUUGGACGGACUUAAAACUUUCUUGCAUUUUCUCAAUGCUUUUGGACAUUUCCCAUAUAACUUACAAACACAUUGGUAAAUGUGCACAAAUAUCACCUUCUGUAUAGAAGAAGAAGGUUUUUUAAAUCCCAACUUGACAUCAUAUUCAAGUAGCCGUCAACCCGGCACCUCUUUUGACUUCAAUUUUUUUUUAUGUUGCGCCGUUCUCAACAUAUCCGCCAGGAAGGAAGCCAAUUUGUGUCGCGCGCCUUAGGCCUGGCGCGGCGGAGGCGCGACGGCAUGCUCACCGAAAUCCAUUAUUUACGAUCCACGCAAUACUAGUGGUCGCUGAUCACCUUGAGUUUGUGGCGAUUUGUGCCAACAGGGCUAAGGAAGGCUAACCGCACAAGCCUGUACGAGGUGAAAGGCCAACGUACAUGUACGUAGUGUUGGAUUCCGAGUGGUGACUGAAGGGUCAUGUUAAAAAGUCAAGUGCUAUCCCGACCUUUCAUUCCAUGCUUUUUGUCAAGCGCUGGGCACUUGUUCAAAAAAUUGAUAGCACUUCCUUGCAACAGUACAUUUUGCUAUGAUGAUAAAGUUCGAUACGUUUGUGCUUCAGGUUCUGGUUCCCAGCGCAUGAUGUUCAUCAUGCACAUUACAUUGAAAUGGGUCUUUUCACCCAUGCUAUGCUGUGCAAGUUUUGACCAAGAAAUGCGAGUUGCACAGUUGAAUCAUGGAGGUAGAAAUAGACCUAUUUCUACCUCCGUGGUUGAAUGCACCCACAAAGGCGGGGACAGUAAUAAGGUAUCAGUGCAUUGAGGAGCUUGAGUGGCCCUACCUUGGCUUCGACCUUGAUAAACUGACCCUGGUGCCAGAUGUGUCAUGUCAAACCCCUGAAUUUGCUACAUUUUAAAUAUAAAACAUGACAGCCGAGUUUACCUAGUAAAACAACUAAUUUUUCCCAACUUUUGGCGAGAACAGUUACGCGAUAAUGGCAAUCGAUCAACUGCACUCUUCAUUAGCCUUUCUUGAAAAAAAAGCUGUUCUCAUGUCUAACAAACAUAAUGCGGAUGUUGUCGUGCGCCCCUUCCUUUAUUGUGAUUUUACCAUGCAACAUUCGACAUGAUACCCUGAAGGCAAAUAAAGGUUCUGUUCUUUGAAAUGGACCCGAAAUUUUAUGAUAUGCAUUGAGAAUGCAGGUAGAUUGUUCACUGUGUUUUUUAAAUGAAUCAAGAUCGCUUCCCAAAGAAUACCCGGAGAGAUCUCGAGCGCGAGGAUGAUUUUCUGCAAAGAAGCAGUGCCACUGGCGUUUGCUCCAACGAUUUACGUGACGGAUGUCGAACGCCUUAGUUUACCAGUUUGACCAGGGACAACUCGACCAUGCAGUACACGCACGGCGCACCAUUCACAGUAAUCCGACCUGUUAAAUCUUUUGACCCCGAACUUGACUUGUGAUGCCCAUAUGUGUGAUUUCAAGCUCAGACUUAUGGGGGGAGGUUAAUAUUUACACAUCAAACUGAAGCAAAAAAUUGAAAAAUCAUCUCAGUGCCUUGUAUUAUAGUCAAACCCAAAGUAAGACCUUUUACCCUAAAACUGCAGGAAACGUUUAAUCCUUCAACCCAAGGCUUGCCGUGUGAUAUUGGACACUGAUUUCAGGGCACUCCUGAAAAUUACAACACAACUGAUCAAGUUUUACACAUCUAAGAAUAGUAAUAUAUUGAAAAAUCAUUUUAGGGCGAAACCCUAAAACACCUUUUUCACCUUUAAAACAGAACCAUUCAAAGAAAAAUGAUAGGAAAUCAUCUAACUGUACAAUAACAUGGUCAAACACUAAAAAAACCUUUUCCAACCUAAAAACAGACCCAAUCAAAUUUUUGCCCCUAAACUAAGUCUCGACGCAUGAUGUCUGAGACUGAUUUCAGAUCACUCCUAAAAAUCUCAACCCAAAUGAUCAAUUUUCACUUAUCUAGGUGUAGGAAAAUGAUAGGAAAUCCUGUAACUGCAUGGUACUAUGGCGAAACCCUACAUUCACCCUUUUCACCCUAAAACGACACCCGUUCAAUCUUUUCACUCCAAACUUUAUUCAUGAUGUUGGGGACUGAUAUCAGAUCAUUCCUGAAAAUCUCAAUACAAAUCAUCAACAUUUAAACACUUCACUGGACAAAAAUGAUAAAAAUCAUCUGCAGUUGCUUUGUAUGGAGCUCCAUAAAUGCCAACCGACUUUUUGAAAUCCGUAUUUUGUUGUUGGAUGACUACAUAAAACAGACAAAAAGUAGACAUACAGAGACUAAGCUAAGUUAUUACAUGAUGAAAACAUCCAAAACAUUUAAUCAUGGGACUGUGAUAUCGUACAAGUGAAAUGAUUAGAUUAUCUACCAAUGAGAUGGCAACAAGUAAGAUGGCACUCCUAGAGCACUGUCGAAUUAUCAUGGCCAACCCCCAAACUCUGGAAAGUUAAAUCUUUUGACCCCAAACUUCACGUGUGAUAUCAAAGACCGAUUUCAGGCUAGUUCUGAACAUUUUAACACAAAUGGUCAUUUAAAAAUGAUGGAAAAUAUUUAACUGCUUUGUACU